CGUUGGAGAGCCCCAUGGUGAUGCUGCCGCUGGAGGCCGACCGCCAGGAGAUGCGCAUCCUCAAGGUGUGCUUCUACAGCAACAGCUUCAACAUGGGCAAGAACUUCAAGCUGGUGAAGUGCCCCGUGACGACGGAGAUCCGGGAGGUGAUCAAGUCCAUCCUGGUGAGCGGCCGCAUCGGGCCUGACAUCAAGCUGGCCGAGUGCUACGGGCUCCGCUUGAAGCACGUCAAGUCGGAUGAGAUCCACUGGCUGCACCCGGACCUGACGGUGGGCGAAGUGCAGGAGAAGUACGAGUGUCUGCACCUGGAGGCCGAGUGGAGGUACGAUCUCCAAAUCCGGUAUCUCCCGGAGGAUUACAUGGAGCGCUUCAAGGAAGACAGGACCACGCUGCUCUACUUCUACCAGCAGCUCCGCAGCGAGUACAUGCAGAAUUACGCCAGCAAGGUGAGCGAAGGCAUGGCCUUGCAGCUGGGCUGCCUCGAGCUCAGGAGGUUUUACAAGGACAUGCCUCAGAAUGCCCUGGAUAAGAAGUCCAACUUUGAGUUCCUGGAGAAGGAGGUGGGCCUGGACCUGUUCUUCCCCAGCCAGAUGCAGGAGAAUCUGAAGGUGAGGGGUUUGCGUCCAGGUGCGUGUGUACGUGGAUGUGUGUGUUCGUGUCUAAACAUGUGUAUGCCCAAGUCUGCGUGCACAUGUGCAAGCAAGUGCAAGCGGGUCUGGUGUGAGCCGAUGUCCGGGAAGCUGAAGUUUGCUGAACCCCUUUGGAGUGAGGAGGAGGUAAAAGACUACUGCCACGGUCUUCCCUCGGGCUGCCUUGUGUUGCACCCUCUGCCAGGCCCCUCUCUGAGCCAGCACCUCUCCAAAUCUCUCCUUAAAAGUGAUUUUUCCCGGGUGUCCCACACUCAUCAUGGCAGGUGGGGAGGGAGCUGGUUCCAGAGGGACACCCCCCAAAUUUGUGUCCUCCUUCUGCCUCCCUCGCAGCAAGGGUGGAACAUCACUGUGGACCUGGUCAUCGGGCCCAAGGGCAUCCGGCAGAUGACGAGCAAGGAGGCCAAGCCCACCUGCUUGGCUGAGUUCAAGCACAUCAAGUCCAUCAAGUGCUCGAGCGUGGAGGAAGGCAGGGCCGUGCUGCAGCUGGGGCUUGCGGGCACCCCCCAGUCCCUGGCUAUCAAGACAUCCUCUCUGGCUGAGGCAGAGAACAUGGCCGACCUCAUAGACGGCUACUGCCGGCUGCAAGGGGACCUGGAAACCUCCCUCCUUGUCUUCCCCCGCAAAGAGAAGGAGAAGAGGAUCAGCCUGCCGCAGAUCCCGACCCAGCACAUAGAGGAGAGAAAGUCCAUGUUAUCAGACAGCAUAAGCAUGGAAUCUGAUAUUUAUGCUGAAAUCCCUGAUGAGUCCUCAAGGCCAAGGUCUGGAGCCCAGUACUAUGGGAUCUCCCGGGAGGACAUCACACUGGGCAGGAUCCUUGGAGAAGGCUUCUUCGGAGAGGUGUAUGAGGGCAUCUACACCAACUCAAAGGGGGAGCGGGUCAAUGUGGCUGUGAAGACUUGCAAGAAGGACUGCAGCCCGGAGAACAAGGACAAGUUCCUGAGUGAAGCGGUGCUGAUGAAGAAGCUGGACCACCCCCAUAUCGUAAAGCUCAUUGGCAUCGCGGAAGAGGAGCCCACCUGGAUUAUUAUGGAGCUCUACCCCUAUGGAGAACUGGGGCAGUACCUCGAGCAGAACAAGCACUUGCUGGCUGUGCCAACCCUCAUCCUGUAUGCGCUGCAGAUCAGCAAAGCCCUGGCUUACCUGGAGGCCAUCAACUGUGUGCACAGGGAUAUUGCGGUGAGGAAUAUCCUGGUGGCCUCGCCAGAGUGUGUGAAGCUGGGUGACUUUGGGCUCUCCAGAUACAUCGAGGAAGAGGAAUACUAUAAAGCAUCCGUGACCCGUCUCCCCAUCAAGUGGAUGUCACCGGAGUCCAUCAACUUCCGCCGCUUCACAACAGCCAGCGAUGUGUGGAUGUUUGCUGUGUGCAUGUGGGAGAUCCUGAGCUACGGCAAGCAGCCCUUCUUCUGGCUUGAGAACAAGGACGUGAUCGGAGUGCUGGAGAAGGGUGACCGCCUGCCCAAGCCUGACCUCUGCCCGCCCAUCCUCUACACCCUCAUGACGCGCUGCUGGGAUUACGACCCCAGUGAAAGGCCCAAGUUCAAGGAGCUGGUCUGCAGCUUGAGCGACAUUUACCUGAUGGAGAAGGAGCUUGCCAAGGAGCAGGAGAGGAAUAAUCGCCACCGGCCUCCCAAAAUCAUGGAGCCACCUUCGUUCCAAGAGCCGCCACCAAAGCCCAGCAGACCCAAAUAUAAACCACCACCCCAGAACAACCUCCUGGCUCCCAAGCUGCAGUUCCAGGUGCCUGAGGGUCUGUGUGCCAGCUCACCCACGCUCACCAGCCCCGUUGAGUACCAGUCGCCGGCCAGCUCCCUGCACACCCCACCGCUCAACCGCCACAACGUCUUCAAGCGCCACAGCAUGAGGGAGGAAGAUUUCCUCCGGCCCAGCAGCAGGGAGGAGGCGCAGAAGCUCUGGGAGAUGGAGCGGCUCAAGAUGCGGCAGGUCCUGGACAAGCAGCAGAAGCAAAUGGUAGAGGAUUACCAGUGGCUGAGGCAGGAGGAGAAGUCACUGGACCCGACGGUGUUCAUGAACAACAACAUUCCUCCGCUGCUUCCAGAGAAGGAGACGGAUUACACGGAGUUCACGGGACCACCCCAGAAGCCUCCAAGACUCGGGGCACGGUCCAUCCACCCGGCCCCCACUGCCAACCUCGACCGCACGGACGACAUGGUGUACAGCAACGUCAUGGAGCUGGUGCAGUCUGUGCUGCAGCUCAAGAAUGAGAUCAGCCUCCUGCCCCCGGAGGGGUACAUCCUCGUGGUGAAGAACGUGGGCCUGUCCCUCCGGAAGCUGAUCGGCAGCGUCGAUGAGAUCCUGCCGGUUCUGCCCGCCGCCUCGCGCACUGAGAUUGAGGGAACCCAGAAGCUGCUGAACAAGGACUUGGCUGACCUCAUCAACAAGAUGCGCCUGGCCCAGCAGAAUGCCGUCACCUCGCUGAGCGAGGAGUGCAAGCGGCAGAUGCUCACAGCCUCCCACACGCUGGCCGUGGACGCCAAGAACCUCCUCGACGCCGUGGACCAAGCCAAGGUCCAGGCCAACCUGGUGAAGCUGUGCUUGGAGUGAGAGAAGGGGCAGAGAGAGGGAAGGAGAAGGGUGGAGGAGAGAAGGAGAGAGCGUGCGCUCCCGUUGGCAGAGAUGGGAGGAGAGCGUUGCGGAAGAGCUGGCUUUUGUGCAUCUCCUGUGGCCUCACCAUCCUGCCCUCCCCAUCCCCCCUCCUCCUGCAGCCGCUCGUGUCUUUAAUAUCACCUUAUCGAUCUUCUGAAGAAAGGUGGUGUCUGGUGACUUGUCCCUUGAAAGGGCUGGGGUGGCCCCGGCUAUCCCCAAGGGAGGCCAGCGAUCCUUCCAGCUUCAUGGGCGCCCUGCUCCCCGGCUGCUGGGGGAUCCGUGCGUCCGUUCCCCGGCCCCUCCAAGGCCAGCCGCAGGUGGCGUGUUGUGCUGGCGGCCUGGACCCAGCUCCUUGCCUUUUUACUUGGGGAGCCGGUGGGGACGGUGGCUGGGGGAGCUGGCUUCCCGGGAGCCCUGCGUGGCCGCCAGCUGCUCCUACGGGAUGGUGUGCGGGUCCCCGGGAUUGUUCAGAGCGACCACCAGUGGUGACCUGCAAAGGGACUGAUGCAUUUCCUUGUACAUUGUAUAGAAGAGAUUAUUUAAUGACAGUGUGUGGAUCUGCGCACCUCGCUGGGAGCAGUUCUCGCGCCCUUCCCUGGAGCGCGGGAAGGACAGGACCCUGCCGACCGCAGCCUUCAGUCACACAAACCGCCCAUGAGAACAGUAUAUCUCUCCAAGCUGCUCCAUGUAAGCAACAACAGCAAAGAAAUCUCUGUUCGGUUUGUGCUUGAGUUGGAAAUUGUAUGGUUCGGGCUUUUCCCCAGCAUCUUCCUACAACGCUGUUCGUUCUGGCUGAGAUAAACCAUGCACAAAGUCCA